UUGUUAAUUAAUUUUGCCUUCUGUUUUGAUUUUUGCAUUGUUUUGUUAAUUAAUUUUGGCCUUUGUGUUGAUAUUUGCGUUUUGUUUUGUUUUUUUACUCAGUUUUGCGUUCUGCUUGCGGUUUGCGUUUUGUUUUGUUGAUUAAUUUUGUCCUUUGUUUUGAUGUUUGCAUUUUGUGUUGUUUUGAAGGAAUUAUGGAUGAAAGCGACAGAAAUAAUUCAGCCAAUGGUCAGUUUGUGGGAGUGCGCAUGCCUCACAGGAGAGAUCGACCACGUGUUGUAGAAAACGGAGUCAACAACGAUGAUGCGGGGAAAUACAAUCCGUCGGAAUGGGUUCAGAAUCUUAUCAAUAACGUCAAAUCUGAAGGUCACAAGGCUCAUGGCGUGUUUAGCGAGAUGGACGUUCUUAAGGAGUACAACGGCUUCAUUGAAUGGCGGGAAGCAGCGAGAUGGGUGAAAUACGAAGAAGUAGUGGAAGAAGGCGGGAAAAGAUGGUCCAAGCCGCACGUGGCUUCUUUGUCAAUGCAGACGAUUUUUAACCUGAGGAAGGCCCUGAAGGAUUCUCCCGUCAUCAUGGACUACGACUGUCAUACGUUAUCUCAAGUCAUCGACAAAUUCACGGAUGAAUGGGUGGAUACCAACCAGUUAGAUCCGAGAUACAGACCCCACAUCCGGGACGUUGCCCUUAAAGGUCAUAAGCACCGCCAUGUGAAGAGAGCGCGAAAUCUGAGACGAGGAUCCACAGCAACACGCCCCCUAGCGGACAUAGCGGAUGAAUCAAGUAUGGACAACAGUUCGGCACAGCUUCCCACGUCAGCGAGUUUUGCCAGCAUCAACAGUGAUGGUUUAGGCAGUAGCAACAGCAAUAAUGAACUUCACGAUCACGAUAUGGGUAUGGGGAUGGUUGAGAGCCCCUCCCAGGCAUCCCUUUCCCACAACUGGAAGCCCAAUACCAGCUUCUUAAGAAAAAUCCCUAAAGAUUCCCAUGUUGCGAACAUCAUGGUGGGGGAGGUGGAAGAUCUUCCCAACCGUGUGAUGGGGUUCAUGCGUCUAAAGGAACCCCGGCUGUUGCAAAAUGACCUAAGCGAGGUCAAUAUUCCCACUCGCUUCGUGUUCUUCUGCCUGGGCAAACGUGGCGAGGAGGAGGAAUUGGUGGAGUUUGGACGGUGCAUGGGGACAAUGAUGGUGGAUGAGAUUUUCCGUGAGGUGGCAUACAAAGCGCGUGACCGUGACGAUCUCUUGGCGGGAUUGGAUGAGUUUAUGGAGCAGGUGAUUGUGCUGCCACCGGGUGAAUGGGACCCAAAGAUCCGCCUGGAACCACCAGGAAAAGUUCAGUCCCAGGAACACAGGCGUCAGUCCGUCGUGCCCGGAAGUCCUGGUUCUCCGAGUCUGCCGGUGAAGAAGGCGGAAGAAGCUGAGGAGGAGUCUCAUAUCGAUCCGUCAUUGGUCAGGUCAAAAAUACCGUUUAAAGGCCUCGUUGACGACAUCAAAAGAAAGGUUCCCUUCUAUCUAUCAGACUACAAAGACGCUCUCCAUGUGCAAUGUCUGGGCUCAUUUGUGUACGUGUUCUUGGGGACCUUGACACCCAACGUCACCUUUGGAGGCUUGCUAGGUCAAGCCACUGACCAGUACAUGGGAGUUAUGGAGUGCAUCUUCGCCGCGGCGGUGACGGGAAUCCUGUUUGCUCUGUUCGGGGGACAGCCAUUGAACAUUUUGGGAAGCACCGGUCCGAUGUUGGUCUUGGAGGCCAUCAUUUACAAUCUUUGCAAGGACAACGAUUGGGACUUCAUGCCGAUGCGGUUUUGGGUCGGGAUGUGGACUGUCGGAUUCAUUCUCUUGAUUGUCAUCUUUAACCUGAGCGCAUUAGUGAAGUACAUCACACGAUUUACCGAGGAAAGCUUUGCGACGUUAAUCGCUGUGAUUUUCAUAGUGGAAGCCUUCAAAAAAGUUAUAGAGAUUGGAUCCGAUAGCCCUGUCAAUUUUCAUCCGAAUGACCCAUUGCCAAGUUGUGAGUGCAUACCACGUGACUGCAACACCACCGGACUAACCACUGCCGCAGCUGUUGCUACAACCGGGUUGUCAACAGCUCUUCCAUCCACCACCCCAGAAAUUGUCAACUACACAUGUGCUGACCUAACCAACAUGACCAUCAACUGGGCCUCACUCUCAAAUGAGACAUGCAUGAUGUUUGGUGGUCACAUGGCAGGACAUGGAUGUGAAGUUGAAUACGUUGCAGACGUUUUCUUCUUCUCCAUCCUCCUGUUCAUAGGAACCUUUGCACUCACACUGUCUCUUGUAGACUUCAAGAGAACCACCCUGUUCCCUACUGUUAUUCGUCAGAGAAUCGGGGACUUUGGGGUUCUCAUCGCUAUCAUCAUCAUGGUCCUCAUCGAUUUUCUAGUGGGCAUCAACACACCCAAAUUGAUCGUCCCCGAUGAGUUUAAGCCAACCCGCCGCGCCCAGUGGAUAGUAAACCCCUUCAGUGACCGCAAUCCAUGGUGGCUCUACCUGGCGGCAGGCGUUCCCGCGCUUCUUUCCACCAUCUUGAUUUUCUUGGAUCAGCAGAUCACAGCGGUUAUUGUCAAUAGAAAAGAAAAUAAAUUAAAGAAAGGAGUUGGAUACCAUCUAGACAUGUUUGUCGUGGCUAUUUGUGUUGGCAUCCACUCGCUCCUCGGACUCCCUUGGUAUGUUGCUGCAACAGUCUCUGCACUUGCGCACAUUAACAGUCUGAAGAAGGAGUCCGAGUGCACAGCCCCUGGUGACAAACCAUCUUUCUUGGGAGUCAGAGAACAAAGGGUUACCGCCCUUGGUAUCGGCGUUCUGAGUGGCUGUGCUGUUCUCAUCACAUCAGUGCUCAAGUAUAUUCCGAUGCCAGUUCUAUACGGAGUGUUUUUCUAUAUGGGAUUUUCAGCUCUCCGGGGAAUGCAGCUCGUUGAUCGUCUUUUCCUGUUCAUCCAACCCGUCAAAUACCAGCCUGAUCUUCCAUAUGUUCGCCAUGUUCCACUAUGGCGAAUCCAUAUUUUCACCAUUGUCCAGAUUGUCUGUCUAGUUAUUCUCUGGGUGGUGAAAACUAUCAAGGUCAUAUCAAUUGGAUUUCCCAUGAUGGUACUGGCGACAGGCGUUGUGAGAAAGGUAAUUGAAUGCUUUUUCACCCAAAAAGAGCUUCGCUGGUUGGAUGAUUUGCUGCCUGGUGCAGGAAAGAAAAAGGAGACGGACAAGGGCGUGGAAAGCAAAGUUCCGUACAAAUCAUUUUACUCCUCAACAUCAACAAACGGCAGUACACUGGACGUACAGGAAAAAGACGACACGAUCAAACCAAAGUUCUUCGUCUCUGAUGAGUGUGAUGCCAGCAUCAUGCAUCGCAAGAAUACCGGAACCGGAAACACAAGAUUGUGAUCCGGAUUUUUUUAAUGCAAGAAAUUAAGUAAAGCAUUGUGAUAGGUAUUUGUCAUUCCGUAAUUUUAUGAUACGGAUCCAAGUACAUAUGGAGGUAUGCAUAUAUUGAAAUUCCUAAGAUGGUGCAAUGUAUAUCACAUAUCCGUUUUUUAUAGUUUGAUUUAUUUGUAUAUAUUUAUAUAAAUGCCACCUUUCCAUUGGAUUAGGCAUCCAUUUUUUUUAUCGUUUGUGAUAAAUCAAGUUUUAAAUGAUUCGGAAUUGGUGAUAUAUCGAUAUGUCUAGUUUGAAAUAGACGUAAUAUACCUAUAUCAUUGUAAUUUAGCAUACCAUAACCAGGAGGUUAUGAGUUCGAGACCCACUCGUGCCAUGACCGCGUCAAUCCUAAGACGUAAACAUAGGUAGUGAUUGCUCCUUCGCCAAACGCUCCGUAUUUAGAAGGGAGAAUCACGGGUCUUUCGGAUGUGACGAUUGUAAAUUUGGUCCCGCGUGGCGACAGGCGUUGGCAAGUUAAAGAAUCUCCAAUGCUAUGGCCCUGAGCGCUAAGCAUUGCUCUAAAUUUGUGUUAUUUCACCUACAACUGGUGACGUCUCAAUAUGAGUGAAAAUUCUCAAGGGAACAUAAGAUAGUCCUUUCAUUAUUUAGAUAUUUUUUUGUUACUUAUAUACAUGUAUUGAAACAUUGUAAAUAGUGCUUUUAUCCAGAAUUAUAGAAUUACUUUUAUAAUGUCGGAAGUCGUCGAGUUUUAACGAUGUUUUAAAACUGUGGUCAACAAAGCACCAUACAAGUCCUUCGACUCGUCAUGAUCUAAAACUCUAAAAGUAGGAGUUACUAGGACAUUCAUGACAAAUAUUACACAAGCAAGCCAAAGUUCUUCGUCUCUGACGAAUGUGAUGCCAGCAUUGUGCAUCGCAAGAGUACCGGAACCGGAAACGCAAGAUUGUGACCCGGAAAUACAUACACUAUUUUUAUUACUGGGGAAUAUUUUUUAUCAAAAAGUGCAAGAUAUAUUGUGAGGCAAUGUGAUAUGUAUUUCUGUCAUUCCAUAUUUUUAAAAUAAUGUAACAAAUCACGCACGGAGGAAUCCAAGCUUCGGAAACCUUUAGUCUGCACAAUGUUUAUCACUUUUGUUUUAUUGUUUGAUUUAUUUGUAUAUACUUUUAUAUUUAACACCCUUUUCAUUGAACCAUGCAUAGUUUUAUUUUUCUGUUGCGAUCAAUUAAAUUUUAGCAUUGUGUUCACAUCAAAAUCGAUGAUAUAUCUAAUUUGAAAUACAAUUCUAUCAUAUACACUUUCUAUUACCGGUAUAACCUAGCGUACAUUUCAUAAUUUCAUCAUUUAGAUUUUCUUUCAAACUACAUGUAAUAUUAAAAAAAAACUCAUUGCAAUUGAGGCUCCAUCCAAAAGUCGAGAACGAUGUUUUAAAAAUAUCAACAUCCGUGGAGUUUUAGCGGUUUUUCUUUAAGUCGGUAAAGUAACACAUAAAAUUAUACUCCUCAUAUCUACAAACGGAAGUUGGUUUUUUUUUUUUUUUUUAUAUAUUCAAGACAAAUAUGACACUAUGAAGCCAAAGUUCUUAGUCCCUGACAAAUGUGAUGUCAGCAUCACGCGCCACAUAAUAGGGAUCUAGAAAUACUAUUUUUCAAACCAUUUUGAAAUGUAAUUUGUACUUUUAUAUUUUCUAUGUAAUCAAGGAAGUUGUAGCAUUCUUUGCAUAUGACUAAUGAUGAUAUAUCAGUCUUGUUUGGAGUAUACGUUGUUGUAUUAGCUAGUAUACAUUUCAUUCUUUAGAUUUUCCGUUUUUCAAAUGCAAGAAAAAUUGCAAAUGGUGCUCAAUCUAGUUUUUUUUUUCUCUGUACAAGGACAUGGAAGUGAUUUGGAAUUACACCCCAUUUUCUGAAACUACAUUUUUCUGUACACAGAUGAACAACACUGCAAUUGUUACGCAGGUUUAGAAUUCUAUUUUAAAGUAUAUUGUCUUUUAUUUUUACUUACAUGUGCUAUUACACGUUAAUAUCUGAUUUUUAUUGCUUCCGUUAAUUAAAAAUUCAAGGAUUAAAUAAAUUGAUUUUUGAGAAUUAG